AAGCCUUCAGUAAUGGCGAGCAUGUUAGCCGCACGUUCACACGCAGACUCCAGCAUAAAUGAAAGGCGAUUGCGGCCUGUCUACGAUUACCUGGACAAUGGGAACCACAAGAAAGCGUUGCAGGAAGCGGAGAAGCUGCUCAAAAAGCAAAAAGACUUCUCGUGUGCCAAGGCCCUGAAGGCACUUGCUCUUGUGCGGUUGUCGCGAUCGGAUGAGGCCCUGUCAGUUCUCAAAGAGCUACAGACUGAGGCCCCCACCGACGAUGCCACCCUGCAGGCCAUGACCCUCUGCUACCGGGAACUCGAGCGACCGGAGCUGGUGGUGGAGGCAUAUGAGCGUGCCACCCAGAAGGAGCCACAGAACGAGGAACUCCUGUCACACCUGUUCAUGGGCUAUGUACGGGUGGGGCGGCCCCGAGAGCAGCGGCGGACUGCCUUGGCACUGCACCGGCUGCGCCACAAGAACCCGUACUACUUCUGGGCUGUCAUGAGCCUCGUGUUGGAGGCGGACCAGCCUGCAACCUCGCCUGCUGAGCGGAACACCCUUCUCCUCCUCGCGCAGCGCAUGGUUGACAAGUUCGUCAAGGAAAGGCGCAUCGAGGCCGAGGCUGAAGUGCAACUCUACCUGUUGGUCCUAGAGAUGCAAGAGAAAUAUCAGGAGGCCUUGGACGUCCUUCAUGGGCCACUGGGAGAGAGCCUGACCUCUUACCUGGACUUCGUGCACCAGCGCAAGGUGGAGCUGCUGUCUAAGCUGGGGCGCUGGCCCGAGGUCAACUCUGUCUGCAAGUCACUGCUGCUCAGCAACCCGGACAACUGGCAGUACUACAAGCAGUACCUGGACAGUGUGGACAAGCUGCAGGCUUCUGGCUGGACGCCCGAGGAAACCAGCACCGAUGACAGUGAUGGCGAGGAGCUGUGCCCGGCGGCUGACCACACGUACGCACUAGCCUUGGCCUUCAUAGAGUCUCUCAAGGAGAGCUGCAAGAAAGGCGGACUGCUCCGAGGUCCUUGCAUGGCUCACGUUGCAGUCAUGAUCAGGGAGAAGGCCAGUCCGGAAGUACUCGCGGACUUGCUGAUGGACUUCUUCAAGAGAACAAGCCACAAGCCAUCCUGCCUACUAGACCUGUCCUAUCUGAUCGGCUUAUGUUCCUUCGUCAACGAAGAUAUUGUCAAGCUGGUUGACAGGAUGGAAGCAUCGCUGAAAAUGGCACUGCCCGACAGUUGGCAAAAGCCUCCCGACGUUAGUGCUAUGCAGAGGCAUCUGACCAUUUGCCAGCUGCGGCACUAUUCAAACGAUGGCAGCCAUCUUUCUCUAGAGGACCGAUUACAUGUGGUGAGGGAGCUUUUUGCCAGCUACCAGCACGGUCUACAGUUUGGAGCGGAGCUGCUGGCGACAGACUUCCAGCCGGCGGAUAACUAUGCCGUCCUAGCUGGCUGCCUCCUGCUGGAGUACUGGCAAGAAUCAGGUGACUGCAGUCUGCUGCUGCGUCUUCUGGUCGCAUUGGAGAAAGCCCUGCUCAACAGUCCUUCCUGCUUUCAGAUCAAGCUACUCUUGCUCAAAAUCUACGGCCGCAUUGGGUCUGCAGGCCCAUGCCACCAUUUUGCCGAGCUACUCGACAUCAAGCACGUUCAGCAUGACACGCUGGGCUACUUGGUCACACCUGUGUACCUGAAGGCAGGCCACUUCCAGGCAGCCAAUGCCAACAUGAACCUUUCACUGAAGCUCUUCACUGGCAACUACAAGGAUACAACAGACUACCUCAUUGCUUGCUAUAAGUAUGGCUCCUUCACAAAGAUUCAGGAGAUGAUGAGGUUUCGUGAGCGGCUGAACAACUCUCUUCACUUUGCACUUCUGACUGUUGACAAGAUGAUCUUAGAGCUGUUGCUUGAAGCUAAGAGCCAGGAGACCCUGAAGCAGAUGCUGAUGAGCAUGGAAAUCGACCCUGUCAAUGACAAGAUGGAGUGGAGUGCCCUGACGGACAAUCGGGACGUCAGGAUCUUCCGGGAAUGGGGUGCCACUCGGAGAAAACUGCUGGACGAGUACCUGGAGAGAACACGACAGGAAGAGGUGGUGUGGCUGCGCAUUCGGAAUCUGCUGCUCCGCUUGCUGGCCGCCUGCCACCAGCUGUGCUCCCAGCAGUUGCUGUCCCAGCCACAGCAGCAGACCCCGUUGGCACCGGCAGGCGGCGACUACGUGGGAAAUGACAGCGAGCGGCCCCUGGCCAAUGGGGAGAGGGCACCCAGUGCCGGUGGGACGGGUGGCCCGCUGGCCGUGGCCACCUCUCUCCUGGACUCAUUGCACGAGGUGGCAUUGGAGGCAGAUGCCCUACCGCCACACCCCCAGCCCUACCCAGUGCUCUGCCCUCAGCCUGGCCGCUUAGGUGCAUUUGUCUCUGGUGGCUGCCUGCGGGCCCUGCUGGCUGCUUUCCAGUGGAUCGUCGAUCUCUACAAGGUCAAUGAAGAGCUGAGCAUGGAGGCACCGGCCAGUGCCGAAAUCAAAGUUGGGGAUAACCUGGUCCCUCUAGUCAAAAGUGUGAUUUCCAAGGUGAAGGAUCUCAAGGUCGACAGCCUACAGUCCACAAGUGUCUUCCUCGAAGCACUCACCAACGCGACAGAGGUGAUCGGUUGGUGCAGCCUGGUGGCAGCCACUGGCAGCUCGCUAGCACGGCCUUCACGUCAGACAGUUGCCAAGAAGGGCAAGAAGAAGACGAAAGAAGCCAGCUUCACUGAGGAGGCUUCGACCAAGUGCUUUGUCUCUCUGGUGGGUGAAUUGGAGUUGGCGGCAACAGACCUCCAGGCUGUAGUGGCACAGGCGCCCGCAGACAUGCUAGCCAACCUCAUGGCAUCGCUAAACCUUGACCACGAAGAACCGUUCCUUCAGGGAACUGAAGAACUAAGCAAGCAGGUGCGACAGAGGAUCGAGCAAAGCUAUGCAGACUCCCUGAAGGAGCUAGGGACCAUGCUGGAUUCGAAGCUCAAGCUGCUACAAUCAUUACGGGCUUGAGCUGUGCCAGCGACACCAUCGUCAGCAAUUCUUGUUCAGUGGCCAUCGUCUUCAAACCGGGCCACAAGGCGUUUGCCUCGUUUGGCUGGAGCACUGCAUUUUUUUAAUUUCAUCCUUCAUCUACCUAUGCUCCUGAACUGUCUUAAGGCUGCCAGCACAAGUCCCCAAACAGAGAAAUGUCUAACCGUGAAGUGUUUCUUUUGUGCAAAACGUAGUGAGAAAAAUGAACUUGGCAGGGAAGGGAGAGCAUGGCACGUGCUUGGACCAGCAUUGCCUGAGCAUGUUCCUGAGUGUGUUGACUCAAAGUGCAGCUUGUACGCUGGCAGGAGUGCUUUCUAAGUGAUUUCGCCAACAGCUGCUGCUGCGCAAGCCUUCAAAGGAGAACCGAACAAUCGUCGUCAUCGGCAACACCCUGCAGCUUGCCGGCGGUGGAUGUUGCCGAGCCAACUAUGCAGCUUUGGAGGGCAUCGCCACUCUGCAGCGAAAAGAGCAGGAAUGGUCCUUGGCAAUGCGAUCUGCUCUGCACCCAGCCCGAAGCUCCAAAUCAUCCGUUAGGAGGCAAAAGCCGAGCACGGUUGCAAUGGCGAGUUAAAAAGUGGUGCUUGCUAUGUUGUCGUUGUGAAGAUUGGCUGUCCUACUACUGACAACUUGCAGCAAAGGUUCCAAGAGAACAGCAAGGUAUGCAUGAAUUGAACAUCUAAUGGCAAACCAGGCAAGGGGCAGUGUGUACACAGUUGCAAUAGUGCAUCAAAGCAUCCAUGGUGUGCCACCUUUAUGUAAAGAAAUGUGGACGGCAGAAUAGUGCAGAGAGAAGGAAGGCUGCCACCUGCCUGGUGGGCACGUCGACCAACAGUUGCUUGGGAAAAACGAGCUUUUUUAUGAAAGCCCCACUAUGCAAAGUGCCAGAUCAUGCACUUGUGGGCUGGGCACUGUACUAAUUUACCAAGGACAAUAAUUGUGACACCAGACCAGGGUAACCGCAGGGAUGAGAAGUGGAGUGGCAGCCCUUCUGCACCUCUUGCUUUGUCUUCUUCUGUUUCAACUGUGUGAGUGUGUGUCUGUGUGUGUGUAGCACGCGACCCUGUGCUGCUUAAGCUUGCCACGCAAACUUUUUUUUUCUUCACCUUAGAAAGUUAUGGACACCACCACCAGCUGCGUCAGCUCAGGGCUGUGCUCGUCCCGCUGUGCAAAGCAGUGGCGUGAGACACAGCUUUGCAACUGUUGACUCUCGUCCGUGUGUGCCUUCUAGAACGAGGAUUGCCAGUAAAAGUUUUAUAUUUUGA